CAUCCGGGAGACGCUGGAAACUCGCUCCAGAACUACCCGACAGGAGUUAGACCCGCCCUCUCUGCGCCUUUAUUGGGUCACAGAGUCUUUUUGACGAAUAAAACUUGACGCCAUUCGUUCUCACUCCUGUCAAUCAUUGUGUGUCACAAUGGACUGAUUCCAUUGCCUCCGUCUCCGGGAGAAACGAGAGCGGACCGUUUCAUGGAGAAGAGGCCCUGAACCGCUUAGCAAGACCACAGCGGUUAUAUAUGCACUGUUGUUUAUCGACUGGGACGUCCUUCACCGAAAACUGCUUUCUGUGGCAGUGACAGCUUUCUUCUCCUAGUUCACUCCAUCACUGAAUCGCAGGCUCCUCUGGCGGUGAUGCUGUAAAGCAGGAGCUCUGUGCAUGAUGAGUGGCCUGGAGGACAGUGGUGAGUCCACAGCCCUCACUCCUCCACUCUGGGCAGGUUUAAUCUCAUUCUCUCCCUGAGUGCCUACCUCUCCACACAAACAUGGCUGACAAGAAAGAUCCGCCUUUUUUCAAUGAUGAUAACUUUGGGGUUGUCCACUACAAACUGCCCUUUUAUGAGACCAUGGAGCUAUUCAUAGAGACUCUGACCGGGACCUGCUUCCAGUUGAGGGUUUCUCCGUUUGAGACAGUCGUCUCGGUCAAAGCCAAGAUUCAGAGACUGGAGGGUAUCCCAGUUGCUCAGCAGCAUUUGAUUUGGAACAGCCUGGAACUUGAAGAUGAAUACUGUUUGCAUGACUACAGCAUUGCAGAAGGCUGCACUCUCAAGCUGGUCCUUGCCAUGAGAGGUGGGCCUAUCAACACAAGACGAGUGACUGUGGAUGAAUCAGUGAAGGAUACUUCCGACUGCUUGGAUUCAAGGAGGGAUGAGGUGUGGGAAAAAUCUCUGUCUAAUAAACAGGUGACCUUCCUGGUGUACAGAGAGGGCGACCAGCUCAACUUUUUCCGGGUUGUGGACCGUGGAGAUGGAACCCUCACACCUGUGUCUGAGUCACUAAGUGGUGGUUCUGUGCACAACGUGUAUGCUGAGGAAGAAGAAGAUGGUGUGAGCAAUUCCUCUGGUCAGCUAUCACUGGAGAACUCCAUCACCAUGAACAAGAUGAAGCUCCUCAAAGCCAAGAUGGAGAAUAUGAACCUCAACAAAAAGCCUAAGAAGACUGCUAAGUUGAAAGUCAGGCCUCCAGUCGGCCCCCGGCCUUGCAGUAGCUCUCUCGGCUCCGUCCGCCACCACCGAAUGUUCCGUGUCCUUCCUCAGAUUAGCCACGGUUCUGCAACAAAUCUACCUCCAGUCGGUGACCAGCAGCAACCUGCAACUCCCUCUUCUGCUGCUGGUCCCUAUAGCACGCCUCUCACCUCUCACCUGAGUCCUGCGUCUAGCAGAGCUGUUCCCUCACUGACAGCUUCUAGCAUAUACAUGCUUCAGGAGGAAGAGCCAUGGAAUAAUCCCACCCCUAGGAAGAUUAGAAUGCCUCCCAAAAUGUCCAGGCUGGAUGUGAGUGGAUCUAAGCUUAUAAGAGACUGUGUAUACCCACCUCUCUCUGUGUUGUCUGGUCAAGACGAGGCAGAGCCACAGAGAGACCGAGCAGCACUUGCGGAGGAUGCGGUUGUGAUAGAGCCUCCCAAACCUGUCCCAUUCAACAGCCUCCUUCCAGAACCCUUGAGCCUAGAUGUGUCCACUCAACGGGACGCCAGCCUGGACUCUUUAGGUGCUGUCGCCGAGCCCAUGGCUGCACCUCCACUGCUGUCCCAAGCGGUGGGCUCAGACUCAGUCAGCACAUGGGCUAUAGGCACUAAAACACUACAGGCUCAGACUGACAGUGACACGUGGGUUAUAGGCACUAAAACACUACAGUCUCAACCUGCACUGCACCUCUCCACCGAGCCACUAACUCCUCCACGCAUGCCUCAGCCUUUUGAGUUCACAGGGGCCUCCCUGCGGGUCAGCCCAUCUCACACUCUCCUCAGCUCUAAUGAUACUCCUCCUGUCCCACCCCGGUCUCCCUCGCAGGGCAUCCCUCUUUGUGGCAUCAAAGUGGACUCUCCUGGCAAGCGGCUAGAGGUGAUCUCCAACAGCGAGGCACGAGACAUCACCAAGACCGCCAACAAGUCCUCCAAAGAGCUGCUGGGCUGUGUGAGUAACACAGAGCUGCUGGCCUCACUGGCCGGCUCCAGGGGUAAGGAGAGCAUGGCAGGGCCGUGUGCACUGGGCAGACUGUGUGGUGCUUCAGCCCCCCUACCAGCAAGCAUCCAUCUGCUUCAAGAGGACCUGUUGCACAGAUUAAACCCCCUGCCGAAAGCAGCCGCAUACAUGCCAUCAGGAAUCCUGGGCUCUUUGAGCAGCCCCUCCAGUUCAAUAAAGAGACAGGGCACUCCAACAUAUCACCUCCCUCCUGUGAAAGCCCCAGUUGGAUCAAAAAAGAAGACUUCAAAGCACUGCUUCAUGUGUGGGAAGAAAACUGGGCUAGCCACCAGCUAUGAAUGCAGGUGUGGCAACAACUUCUGCUCCACGCACCGCUAUGCAGAGACCCACGACUGCACAUACGACUAUAAAAGUGCAGGCCGCCGUUUCCUACAGGAGGCUAACCCAAUCAUUAGUGCACCAAAGCUGCCGAAAAUAUGAAGGGAAUAUGUGGACAAUCCAAGAGGGAAUAUGAGAUACUCAUUAAAAGCGAUUAAAACAGCAAGAACUUAUCACCAGUGUGUGCUUUUAUCACCAUGCUUGCUUAUCUGUCCAGGAUCCUGUAUAUAGAAAGAAACCUAAAAAGAGCACACUUUUUUUUAAGCAAUUACUUUUUGCACAAAUGUGAUUUUGUUUUUCUUUUUUUUUUUUCCUCCAUUCUGUGUUUACUUCACAUACGGUAAGAAAAAAAAUGAACCUGGCAUGAAAAAUAGGUUGAUUUUUCUAAAUGUUUCCAUUACACAACAAACAUUUAAAUAUAAUGCAUGACUUUAAAUAUAUAUGUAUAUAUAUAUUUUGUUGUUUGUUUGAUUCAUAAAAUUGGAGAGAAGAUGUCAUGAGACAAAUCUUUGAGAGAUGCACUUUAGAAAUAAUGAAUAUUUCAUGGGAUUGUGGGGGGCCUGAAUUCCGUGUUUUUGUGAUGAAAUGUUAUGUUGACUGUUUGAGUGUCCCAAUAUUCAACGAAUCAUCUUUUUCUUUCUCUGAAUUGGUUCAUUUCAGGCCUACGGCACUCUACUCGACAUCAUACCAGGUACUAUACAUCUAUGAAAAAAGAUAUCUGUCUAAUCUUGGGUUUCAGUUUGAAUGCAGGUAUGCAAGUUAAUCAUGUUUGUUAGCUAUAAACACCACUAUGCAGUAUGGCCACGUAGCAUUCUUAACUAUUUUCAGAAGGGCUUGCUAUGGUAAGAUUUGGACACUUAGCUGGUUGCCAUCGUGAAGGUUCCUUUUUUACUUUGUUUUUUGUUUUUUUUUUAAAUAAUUGCAGUCAGCAGUUGUUGCUUAAAGUUUUCAGUAUUUAUUUGGGGAUCCAACUAAUAAAAUAUACCUGUGUUUCCUUAGUUUUGUUGUUGUUUGGGGGGUGUCUUUCUAUUUUCGCUGCUUUUUUGUAGGUAUUGUGUGCUAAAUAUGUUUGUUAGGACACACUUCUCUAAUUUGUUAGCUUCCCUUUAACCUGUUCAGCAAAGGUCAUGGCUACCACAGGACCCCUACCAAGCAGGUAUUAUUGGGUGGUGGAUUGUUCUCAGUACUGCUGUGACUUGGUAGGUACAUGUUAGUUCAUGGUUGCACUGGCAUGAAAGGAUCAUACAGCAGUGUUACUGGAGUUUUUAAACACUGCGUCAACGUACUGUACCCUCUGUUAGACAUUUUGCAAAUGUAAUCUUCCCUAACUAUUAUUGUACAAGAUGUAUUGGUCAUAGUCACAGGAUGCUGUUGACUGGAUAUGUUCCUUGUCCAGCAGUGACGAUAAGCUUUUUCUAAACUUGAGCAGCACACACACUAGCUACCAUGUCAGUGUCACUGCAGUGCUGCGAAGGAUGCGGCAUCCAAAUAAUACCUGCUCAGUUGUGACCAUCAGAGAAACAAAUGGAUUACAACCAUCUAUAAUUGUAGAACUAGUAAAGUGCCUCUGCAGUCAGAUCCAUAAUAUAUUUAGAUGUUGACCACAUCAUUGUUAUUUUAGCUUGUCUAACAGCAUAUUGGUGUUAAAUGAUGAGUAGGAGCUUAGUGCACAGACAUUCUUAAAUUUGAAUCAUAAAUCAGAUUGUUUGUUUAAUACUACUAAUACUUCUAGUCAAUACCUUUGCAGUGAAUGACAGCCUGAAGUCUGGAGCCCAUAUACAUCACCGUACACUUUCUUUGUUGGUGAUGUUUGCCAGGCUUUUACUGCAGCUUCAACUUCUGCUGUUUUACCUUCAGUUUUGCCUUUUAGGAAGUGAAAUGUAUGCUUGGUUGCAUAGAGGUCAGAUGACUGACUUUGCACUUAUUUACCUAAAAAAAAAAAAAACACUCUUGUGUUGCUCUCGCAGUGUGCUUCAUUGAUGUUGUACCUCUGCACUGUGAAGCGCCACCCAAUGAGUUUUUGGCUGAAUCUGUGCUGAUAAUAUAACCCUGUACACUUCAGAAUUCAUCCUCUCAUCAUCAAUACAUAUCAGCGUUACUAGCUUCAUUUGUCAUAACACUGCGUUUACCAUGAUGAACCGUCGAGAUGAUACUUUGGAUGAUGAGCAGUUCCUUUUUUAUACUCUUCUGUUCCUAUAAUUUCUGGUACUUCUAUCCAUGAGAUGUUCCAGAAUAUGCAGGCUUUUUUAUGUUUUUUGGGCAACUAAUUUGGUUUUUCAGUUUUUAAGGCUUACCAAUCUUGUGGUAAACGCUGUGUCGUUCUGGUGAAAUCUUCUCUUGAUUGUUGACUUUUACACAGAACGUCUACCGCUUAGAGUUUGCUCUUGAUCUGGCCAGCUCUUGUGAAGGGGUGUUUCUUCAGAAUUCUUCUGUCAUCCAUCAAAGUUGUUGUCAGUGGCCAUGCAUGUGUGUGUGCGCUUUUUUUUUUUUACCAGAUUGUUGGUUUGGCCACACCUUAAUGUGUUUUCUAUCUCUCUGAUGGGUUUGUUUUGAUUUCUCAGCCUAGUGAUGGCUUGCUCUUGGGACUACAUAUUUAACAGUAACAUAUUCCAAAGCCAAAUAAUCUCUAAAUCAACUCCUAGAUGUUUUAUGUGCUUAACUGUGAAUCAAAUAAUUAGGAACAACUGUCCAUGCAGUACUCAGCUAAUUGUCCAGUUACUUUUGAGUAAAAAAAAAAAACUUCCAUCCUCUUUGGAUGUAAAUACCCUGAAAUUAUACCAGAAAAGCUGCAUUUUUGAGCACAUAUUAUUUAAGUUCAAUUCCAAUAUCCUGUGGUAGAUACUUUGACCAUGUCCAAAUAUUUAUAGACCAGACUUUAUAAGGUAAGUAGACCUGAGUGGUAAAAUGACAAAAUCGACAAUGAGUGUAGAUAAAAGGACUCCAAUAGUGUUUAUGCUGUUCAGUUGAAAGGGGCAAUAUUUGAAUGACUCAUGACAUCUUUAUCUUGAUUUUUAUUUAUUUAUAUUUAUUUUUAUGCACUUUAUUUAUUUGAUGCUAUAUAUCCAUAUCCUAAAACCUCAUUAUAGGAUGAUUCAGUUCUGGUUUGCAUGCACAGUUAGCUUGAGUGUUUAAAAUUUUAAUUUAGUGUAAUACAUGACAUGCUAAACCGGCUUUGUUUUACCUGUGCAAAACAUUUUCCUUUUCAAAACGCUAAGUUACCUCUUGUAACUUCCUUCAGACUGUUAUGAAUGUGAAUUUUCUUUGGGCAGUUUUAAAAUAGGCCUUACCCACAUGUACCUCAGAUAAGCUCCUCAAAUGGACCAAGAAAACUGAGAAAGCUUUCCUGCUGUAGUCGAGCAAAAUGUUUCGCAGAAAUGACGAGCUUUUUCCGAUCUACCCUGGGCAGCGAACUGAGCUGUUUUCAGAAAUGUUUCUUGACUCAUGCUAAAAAUAUUCAGCUAAUUUACCUGAAGUUGCUUGGCAAAGUUUGUACUGGUGUGUUCCAUUGUUUGUACUGUUUUUAAUUAAUAAUCUUGGUGACCGUUUCUGCCGCCCUUGAUUACUACAUGUUCCUGGUGGGUAGUGCUUGCAUUACGUAAUAAAGAUAAUCCAGAAAUG